AUGAAAUAAUUUUUUGUCAUCUCCAACUGUAUAAAACGAAAAAUUGGAAAAUUCAUAGAUUAGUUUCCUCCGAUUUACGGCCAUUGUUGGAAAAUGUCCGAAAUCGAGGACUUGGAGGCGGAACGGCCGGAUUCUAACGAAAACAGCGAAGAGUCCGGCAAAGAUGAAACUCUCACUAAACCGCUACAAAUGUCGUUUGCAGACUGGAAAAAGUGCAAAGAGGCGCUGAAGCCGGAAUCGAAAGGUAGCCCUCAGCGGGGCAACAACAAUAAGUCUCCAAAUAAUAACAAUAAUUAUACCAACGGACGAAAACAGUGGAUGUCAAAUAGCAAUAAUAAUUUCCAAGGAGGACCAAAUAACUUCCAUGACAUAAAUAACUAUCCCCCGCUGAGCAGACCGCCACCACUGCCGAUUCAGCUGAUGAACAUGGGCUUUGCGGGCAACUUCGGACCAGGUCCGGGUCCCUGUGGACCUCCCUUGGGUCCCAUGGGACCAGGAGGACCUUGUGGUCCAAUGAACUAUAUGGGUCCUUGUGGUCCUAUGGGAUUUGGAGGUCCUAGUGGCCCUGGGACACGACGCAAUCAUAACCAUCGACCACUGCAACCUCCUCCGUUUUGGGAGGACAUGAUGUCGCCACAGCAUCGACAACCACCAAUCCAACCCCCCAUGCCCAAGUGCCCUAGCUUGUGGAACCUAGUUCCUAAGGACCGUGGGCAACGGAACGAUCGCAACAAUCAAAAUAACAAGAAAUUUAGGCCGAACAAUCGUGUCAACACUACCAAUGAUUCCAAGCUUAUGCCUCCGCCGCCCCCACCUAGCGAAACCAACAAUUUACAGACAAACGGAGAGUCGCAGCCCUCCAAGAAACCCAAGCGCAGCGGCACCUUUGUCCAAGUAAACGGCCAGUGGAUUCAGAAGCCUGAGGCACCCCUUCCCCUAGAUGAAGCGCCGCCAGGGACGAAGGAGGAACGACAGCGCCAGUGGAAGGAGUACCGUAUGGCCAUGAAGCCGUUCAAGAAUCGGGAAUUUCACAACUGGAAGCGAACUGUGCAGCGUCUGGGCAAGCUUCCUCGUGACCAGUUAGAUGAGCAACAGCUAGAACGUUUAGUAAAGGCCGAAGAGUACAUAGGCGCACACAAAGCGAUGCUAACGGUAAAGCAUGCAGAGCGUUGGGUGCAGCAGGAUACCAAGAACGAAAAGGGCCAAGUUUUUGUGCGCAAGUCAGCCAACUUAGGGUCGUGGGACAUGCCCAAGAAUAAGCCCCCAAAUGGGGUUGCUUCGAUACAUGAAUUUAAGAAGCAGCAGAUGGAAAAGUUCUUCGGUCCUGGACGUGCCAUUAAAGGGGGGACGGACCUUUCUGCAAUUGGGAGUUUGGCACCUCCUCCGCCGCCCCCUGACACUCCUCCACAGUCGAAUAACUACUGGCCCGCUACACCCUCCCCCAACACGGGCUCCAAUUCUAAUCCAUCAUACUACAGCCAUUAUAGCAGUAAUUUCGUAAAGGGGACAACACUGCUGCCGCCCUAGAAUAGUUCGCCGAAAUUAACCCAAGGCAUGGGCUUUAACAAUUAUCCAAUUGCUUCGCACCUACAAGGAAUUGACAUAUUUUCAAUUCAAGGUCAGCAAUUUCAUCUUCAAUCUAGAUCAAUGGGCAUAGGUAUUUGUAUUCAGAUAAAUGUAACAAAACCAA